GUAAACAAUUUCUCCGCGUUUCAAGAUUGUUUCUAUGCAAGAUGGAUAUACGCGUGAGAAAACUACGUAACGGCGAAAAGGGGAUACCUUUAAGUCGAUCAUUUCCGACAAGCGGAAAACCAAAUUGCUUUCCGCAAUGUUUUAACACUAGUACUGAUAGUUUAGCUUCCGACAGAUGUAGAUCACCGAAAUUGGGACAGUAUCGAAAACUGCCAACUCAUUCCGAAUGUGACGUGUGUCAGGUAUGUGAUAAAGACGCUGUGAAUUUGAAAUGUUUGCAUACAUUCUGUCCAGGGUGUCUUGAAAGGCAUAAAAUAUCGAAAAACGGGUGUCCAGUAUGUAUAAGCGGUGGUGAUGACGCCGAGAGGGGCUCUUUCUCAGAAACCGACGAGAAGCAUGGGCCUCCGGUUGACGAAUUUAUCUUCGAGAAUUUAGAAAACGGUGACGUCAUCGAGGAAUCUCUAGACGCGCUUGUUGAUAGGCUUGAAUUUGAUGUGUUGUGUAACCUUGAGGAUAGACAGAGCGGUAUAGAAAAGGAGAUAGAGAGGUUACAAACCGAUGUAGACAAAGAAGUUGCUAAAAUAAAAGACUACGUACAAACAUUAAAAGUCCUUAUCGACAAAAGAGCCGAAACUAUGAUUAGAAGUGCACACGAAAGCAAAGUCAGACACACGACUGAAUUAGUCAGACAAAAGAAGAUCGUUGAAGAUUUCAUAAAUCGCGUGAAAGCGUGUGUAAACAAGCAUCGACACUGUGCAGAUUCGACAACUUUCAAUGACACAGAAAAAACAGUGUAUAAUUCUGUUAGAAAUUUGAUGACACUUUCAGAUCAGAUUUCGGAAGAGAACGUGCAUAUAAAGUGUACAACAAAGCCUUUAUCCGACACAACACUUGACUUCAUGGGAAAAAUUGGCGUGCGAGUUUUUCUGGCUCAACCUCUUGGUGUUAAACUUUGUCGAACUUUUCAGUUCCCGGGAGCCGUCCACAGUAUUUGUCCAAUAAAUAAUCAACAGGCAUGGAUUGGAUUCCAAAAUUAUAUUCAACUUUGCUCAAAAUCUGGUAAUAGCAACCAACCAUUAGAUGUCGGCGAGGAUGUCCAUGAUAUUACAUCUGAUAAGAGAGGCAAUGUUCUUAUUGCGUGUCACUCUAGUGUCAAGUGUUUAAAUGCAUCGCACCAACUGCAAACAUUGUUCACAUGUAAACAAACCCCGCAAGGUAUAGCUGUUGUUGAAAACGGGGAUAUCUAUCUAUGUAUGGGAAACAACGUGGUUGUCUAUGAUUGGAAAGGACAGCUAAUACGCAUGCUCGGAGAUCCUCAUUCCGGUGAUUUGAAAAUGCCGUACAAAAUUGCGAUCAAUACAAACGGAGACGUGUGCGUGUCCGACUACCAGUCAAGUUCCGGCGAAGUUGUUGUGUUUGAUAAUGGAGGAAGAUUGAAAGCGAAACUAAGAACUGACGGGAUGGCUCCACGAGGGGUAGCUUGUAAUUUACAGGGAAUUAUAUAUGUCGCUGACUUUCGGUCAGACAGAAUAAAUCUUUAUUCAACACAAGGUCAUUUCUUACACACUCUGUUGAGUGCAAACGCAGAUGGACUUUCAGGUCCGCUGAGUGUAGCUGUUGAUGAAGGUGGGGACCUUUGGAUCGGGGACUGGAAGAGGAAGGUUCGAGUCUAUAAGCAGUCAAUUACCAAAGACGAAUUUCCAACAUACUAAGUUAUUUGAACUUUGUUACGCAAAGCCAUUUGUGAUCUUUUAUUUGACAUUAUUUGUUCCUCUUUCUUUACAAAAUAUUCACAAAAUCUAAACAUUAUGUCUGCCUUUGAAUAUAUCUAAUAUAUUUACAAUAUAA